AAAAAGAUUUGACACAAUUUCAUGAUCUGCACUCUUAUUUCACAAACACAAUAUACAAACUCUCUUUAGGAAAAGAUAACAAAAUCUGAAACUCCUCUCCGUCAACCAUGCUCUCGUUCGCGAGCGUGGUGGCUUAGCUGGAAACGCCGGAGAUGGGGGGCAGAGGCCGGCCGAGAAAGAAAGAUCCGCCGCCUAAGGGUGGUUCUGCAACAAAAACAAAAGAUCCGGAAGCUGAUAAUGGGGAGCAAAAUAGCAUCUCAGUUGAGGAAACCAACAAAGAGCAACCAGAGGUCGUGAAGCUUGCUACACGCGAUCCUCACCAGAUGGGUCUUGAAAUUGAGAAAUCAGGGGUAUUGAGCCCAGAUCUAGGGGAGAAAGAAGGGGACGAUGAAGGGAUCUUGCUAGAUCUAGCUGCCUCGACGCAAGGCCAGAGGAAAAGCAGAUCUGAUGCUGGUUCCAGGGAUGAUAAAGCAGAUAAGGGGAAGAACGAGGCCGGCCCCGUGGAAGGGAAAGCAGUGAAGGGGAAGAAGGGAGUGCACUCGGAGACUCAGCCUUCUGUCACCCAGAUGAAGCAACCUGCUGGGGAAAAGGAUGCUGGUUCUACAUCCUCUACGAAGAUUUCUCCUAGUGCUCGGUGGAGUGACUUGAUUGAGAAGGAGAAAGGGGAAUUUCAACCAUCCCUAAAGCAGAAGCCAGUGCGUAGUUGGGCUUCGGUUGUGGAAGGGAAUAGGGAUAUCAGUAAAGGAUGGGAUUUGCAAUACAUAAAACCUCAAGAUCCAACUGGUGCUGUGGUUAUUACCGAGGAUGAGUGGGUUAAAGGGUCAAAGAUUUGGGAGAAUGCUCUUGUUGGGUACGUUCUGGGAUCUAAACCUGAGUUUAAGGAUGUGGCUAAUUUUGUGAAUAACAGGUGGAGGGAAUUCCAGGUGCCUAAGGCAUUUAUGCUGCGAAAGGGAGUUUUCUUGUUUGAUUUUGAUAAUGGAAAUGCAAAGCAGGCGGUGUUAGAGAGGCGUUGGACAUUUAAUGGGCACCCUUUGAUUUUGAAACAGUGGACUCCAGAUUUUGAUCCUGACAAUUUGGAUAUCGGUAAGAUUCCUGUCUGGAUCCAAUUUCCUGAACUCCAUUUGAGUCUGUGGAACCCUGAGAGCUUAGGAAAGCUAGCAAGCUAUGUGGGAGUUCCUAUUGCAACUGAUGCAUUAACAGCCAAAAGGCAAAGAGUGGCUUAUGCUCGUAUGCUAGUAGAGAUGGAAAUCAUGGACACUCUACCCCGUGCAGUUCCUAUUAUUGGUCCAAAGGGUGUGUUCCAACAGCCUGUGGUCUUUGAAUGGGAGCCUAUCAGAUGUGGUAAAUGUAGAAACCUGGGGCAUGAAGAGAGGAAAUGUACUGCUAAGGAAAAAAAGGUGUGGGUUCCAAAAAAACCUGUCGAGGAGCAGGUGAUAAAUCAGAUAGUUGGCAAGAAGUCUAUAGAGGGGAAUGAUGAAGUAUGUGGUGGUGAAAUGCAAACUGCUACAAAUGUGAAGCAGAGUACACUUUCAUGUUCUUCUGGAGAGCUGAUAGGGGAAAGAAAUGAGCAAAGUCCAGUGCAACUGGAAGUGGGAGCUGUGAAGUCAAUAAAUCUAUAGAGUGAGAUUAGUACUGGCACAGGAGAUAAAGAGAUGAUGCAAAAGGCAGCAGGGGGAGAAUCUUCUGUAAGUAAACCUCUCUCAUGAUAUAUCUUUCUUCAUGGAAUGUGAGGGGUUUAAAUGACCCUAUAAGACAAGUAGAUGUUAAGAAGUUUAUAUGUUCAAAUAAAGUCCAAUUUAUGGC